UCGUGAUCUGCGAUUCGCUCCCACGGGCGGGACCUUUGUCGGUCUGCAGAGCAGCGGGAGGUCCAGGCCCAGCCUGCGGUGCGGAAGGCGGCCGUGGGGGACGAACCAGUGGACUGACCACAGGUGAAGAAACCAAGACGCAAAAAGACCAAGCCCCUUGCCUUGGGUCACACAGCCACAGGAGGGAGAGCCAGAACUCACAACCAGAUCCAGAAGCAACAGGGACAUGGCCACCUGGGACGAAAAGGCAGUCACCCGCAGGGCCAAGGUGGCUCCCGCAGAGAGGAUGAGCAAGUUCUUAAGGCACUUCACAGUCGUGGGGGACGACUACCAGGCCUGGAACAUCAACUACAAGAAAUGGGAGAAUGAAGAGGACGAGGAGGAGGAAGAGCAGCCGCCACCCACACCAGCCUCAGGCGAGGAAGGCAGAGCUGCAGCCCCUGACACUGCCCCCGGCCCUGCAGCCAGGACCCCCCUUGACUUCAGGGGCACGUUGAGGAAACUGUUCAGCUCCCACAGGUUUCAGGUCAUCAUCAUCUGCUUGGUGGUUCUGGAUGCCCUCCUGGUGCUUGCUGAGCUCAUCCUGGACCUGAAGAUCAUCCAGCCUGACAAGAAUAACUAUGCCGCCAUGGUGUUCCACUACAUGAGCAUCGCCAUCUUGGUCUUUUUUAUGAUGGAGAUUAUCUUUAAAUUAUAUGUCUUCCGCCUGGAGUUCUUUCACCACAAGUUUGAGAUCCUGGAUGCCGUAGUGGUGGUGGUCUCAUUUGUCCUCGACAUUGUCCUCCUGUUCCGGGAGCACGAGUUUGAGGCUCUUGGCCUGCUGAUUCUGCUCCGGCUGUGGCGGGUGGCCCGGAUCAUCAACGGGAUUAUCAUCUCAGUUAAGACACGUUCAGAACGGCAACUCUUACGGUUAAAACAGAUGAAUGUACAGUUGGCUGCCAAGAUUCAACACCUUGAGUUCAGCUGCUCUGAGAAGGAACAAGAAAUUGAAAGACUUAACAGGCUAUUGCGACAGCAUGGACUUCUCAGUGAAGUGAACUAGACCCAGACCAGCUCCUGCCAAAGAGAAGACAUUGCCUCAUGGGCCUGUGCUGUCACAAGAGGAACAGCUGCCCCUCCUGGGCCACUUGGUGAGAGGUUCUGUUUGAUGCCUCUGCCUCCCUCUUGCCAGCAUGGAUUCUGGGUGGACACAGCCUUGUGGAAGGAAGGUCCAGUAUCACUAAGAGCUGCCCAUUCAUUCCCACCCAGCACUGUAUCAAAUGUAUCACAUUUUCUCAUGUUGAACACUUUAGCCUUGCUUGAAAAUGAGCAACAAAGCUGGACAAUCGCUAGUUGUAUAUAAACUUUAAUCUCAUUGAAUGUACAGUUUUCAAAUUUCACAUGUAUAUUAAGGAACCAAUGUAUCCUUUCAUAUGAGCAUUCUGAAAGAAAGAAAAAGAAGCUACUUUAGCUGUCAUCCCACUCUAGAAAAGUCUUAUUUUCAAACUGUUCUAAAUAGCUUCCCUUGUCUCAGUUUCCCCAAGAGGGGUACCCAGGCCCCUCCUCUGUGUGCCCCAGCUGCAUCAGCCAGCCUCUAGCUGGCUCCACCGCAUUCUGCCACCUCAAUUACUGUACAAUUUCUGUAUAAAAUAAACUCUCUCUUUCCCCUGGA